GUGACUCUAGAGUCCGUGUUUGUAACCACUGUGCUGAGCUGCCCCUCUCCCUGGGCUUGUCGUCUUUGACUCUGCCUUCCCUGAAGGGUGACUUUCCCUGGCCAUGUCCCUCCGGUGGGGGGUGGUGCGUCACUGGCAGACGCCACAACGACUUCACCUCCUUGUGUUCCAGGCAGCCAGUGAAGGUCGUGUACUCCUCCAAGGAUCCUGCCCAGCUGAGAGAGAGUUCCAAGGUGGAUGCGAAUGAGGAGGUGGAGGCUUUGAUUGUCAAGUCCCCACACAAGGACUGGAACCCCUCCCUGUUUAAGGUGUUAUACAAGACCUUUGGGCCCUACUUCCUCAUGAGCUUCUUCUUUAAGGCCAUCCACGACCUGAUGAUGUUUUCCGGGCCGGAGAUCUUAAAGUUGCUCAUCAACUUCGUGAAUGACAAGAAGGCCCCAGACUGGCAGGGCUACUUCUACACCGCGCUGCUGUUCAUCGCUGCCUGCCUGCAGACCCUGGUGCUGCACCAGUACUUCCACAUCUGCUUCGUCAGCGGCAUGAGGAUCAAGACCGCCGUCAUUGGGGCAGUCUAUCGGAAGGUAGGGGGCGCUGUGCCAUUGGCAUGUGGCCCGACUUUGACAUCCCCUCCUGCAGCCCUGGGUUACUCUGGGACCAGCGUGGAGAUUUCCAGCCCAGCUUCUGGAGCAGUAGGAUGAAGGUAGCUUCUGUGGCCUUAGGUGGCAUGGACACUGGGUAUCAGGCAUUGUAUGUUAGUAAAGCUGAUUUCAAGGGUUGGCGUGUAGAUGUUCUUGUGUAUCAGCUGUAGGUAAUUGAGUUUCUUAGAUGG